GCGUCACAAAAAUCACGACCUGAGGCUUCUCCUCCCGAUCAGAUCUGAGCAGCGGCGCCCCAGCGCCAGCACAACUGAGCACAACAAAUCCUGCCGAGCUGCAGCAGCGACAGCGGGAGGGAGGAAGGAAACAGGGGGAAACAGUGGGAAAGCAGCGGGCGAGAGCCAGAGCUGGGGUACUGGUGCUGGGGUACGCAGGGCCCCCCGCGGGAUGAGACGCAGCAGGCAGAGGAGACGAGGGAGAGCUGGGCGCCGGCGGCUGCAGGGGCUGCCCCGGGGUAGGAGAGGCACGGGAAUACCUCAGGAGAGUCCGGCCGUGCCGAGCUGCGCUGCCGGCUCCCCCACACGCGAUCCUCCCCGCACACCGUGCCCCCUUCCCGCGCCGGGAGCCGACGAGGCAAACCCCAGUGUUCUGGGCCCCCGGGACCAGCCUGGAGCCGCGCACCGACGGCCCAGUCCUGGUUCCAGUGCCUCCCCGAGAGGGAGCGCCCAGGCCCCCUGCUGUGCAGCGCUGGCAUUUUUGCUACCGCUUAGAAGCCUGCGGCGUGUCCCUCUCCGCCCCCUGCCCUCCCCUCCCCGCCCUCCCCGGCACAGGAUCGACGUGUCAGCCCCGAAAGUUCAUGUUCGGGCCCCGGGCGAGUUCCCCGCGAUGCGGCGGUCCCGGGCAGCGAGACGUGGCGCCCCGGGGCGGGAGGGGGGGGAGGCGCCGGCACCUUCCUCAGCUACUUCCUGAACUGAUACAUUCAAAAUGAAGAGGAAGAUAGGAGUAAGAACAAAGAAUGCCUUGGAGAAAACCAGUCAUAAAGUUUGAGAAGCAGAAGCAUUAGGAAAUAUUGAUAACUGUGGUCUCUUAAGUAGGUCAGCAUUUGGACUGAAAUGAUGAAAAGUCACAAACCUAAGACAUGAGCCUUGUUACAUUUGAAUCUAGGUUUGCAGAUUUUUAAAUUAAAACAUAAUAAAAAUA